UUGGGGCUUUGUCAAUUCAACCAAAUACCCUACCCUGUGUUCAACUGUCUUUUACCCCCCAAGAGAAAGAGACCAAAGACAGCUCUAGCCUGCUUAUCUGCAAGAGACACGCAUUUGAAGCAAGGAUGACUAAGAUCUAUUUCAAGCAAGAGCAUGAUUUUGAGAAAAGGCGUGCUGAGGCUGCAAGAAUCAGGGAGAAAUACUCAGACAGAAUUCCUGUGAUAGUGGAGAAGGCUGAGAGAAGUGAUAUUCCUAACAUCGACAAGAAAAAAUACCUUGUUCCAGCUGACCUGACUGUGGGACAAUUUGUAUAUGUGAUCCGGAAGAGAAUUAAACUGAGUGCUGAGAAAGCAAUCUUCAUAUUUGUGGACAACAUCCUUCCGCCUACAGGAGCAAUAAUGUCUACUAUAUAUGACGAGAAGAAGGAUGAAGAUGGGUUUCUCUACGUCACAUACAGUGGGGAAAACACAUUUGGGUGACAAUUUCUCCGCCAGCUUAUUAAGGUUACCAUUAAUAUCUUCCUUCUCGCCUGAUGAUGCCAUUUUCAUCUCCGGGGCCUUUGUAUUAAAUAAUUCUGCAAAAUAUGACUCAUAUAUAAAACCUUGCCCUUGAUAAAUGUACAGUUGUACACUUUAUAUUUUCUUUAAAAAUUUAUAUAAUGCAAUGACUACUGAAUAUUUCUUUAUC